AUGGACGCCGUCUCCCCAACCACAUCGUCGCAAAGCCUCGCCUCCCUGCCACCAAUCCCCCAACACAUUAUCGUCACAUUCGACGGCAAAGUGCGCGAGAUGCUGCGGAUAACACGGGACGCCGACAUUGAGGAGCAAAGCUCCCGGAGACGCGUCCGACCACGAUACUACGCUGGGAUUUGA